AAUGAAAUCAUUAAUGUUAUCGAAAGGGUUGAUUGGAGUUGUUGCUAUAGGAUUUAGUUAUGGAGUUUACAGAAUAUUUAGAGGGGUAGAGUGAGUAUUUGGUAUCUUUAGUUUACAAAAGCAGAGUUACGUGAGAAUAUUAAAAAGUAGAUAAUGAAAUGUUAUAAUGAGAGUUAAAAUCAAGGGUUUGUUGAACCUUUUGAUAUUUUACAAACUUUUUCAAAAAAUGAAUAAGGAAUAGAGUUUCACAUCAAAUUAGUAAAAUCUUUAGCUAAGAAACCAGUUGGACAUUAAUAAAAUGUAAGUGAGAUUUAAUAGAAAUAGAUUAAUCCUUUAAUUGAACCUUUUCAACCAGGACAAUUAGUAAUGAAACUUUAAAACUAUAAUAUUUUAUUGAAUAAAUUCCCUGUUAAUCCUUAUCAUACAUUAUUAGUUCCAUAAUAAUUUAUUCAUUAAACUGAGAAAUUUAGCAAAGAAUAUUUAAGUUUAGCAUAUGAUGUACUAAGUGCAGUAGAAGGAUUUGCAUUCUUUAAUUCCCAUCCUGAAGCAGGAGCUUCAUUAGAUCAUAAGCAUUUUUAAAUAGUGCCUAAAUCAGCUUAUUAAAGUGCAAAUAUAUUAAAUCAUAUAAAGGAAUGGUGGUUUGAGAGAAGUGUGAGAUAACCUAAUAAAUUCACAAAGUUAAGAUAUUUAAAGAAAACAAAACAUUUUAUAUAUUUUUUUAAUUAGGAUAUAUUAUAAAACAAAAAUUGUGAUGAAUAAUAAUAAUAGAAUUAACUAUAUGAAGCUUAUGAAAAAUUAUUAAUGAAAUGUUAAGUCAAUGAUAUUAGAGACUUAAAGCAUAAUUUAAUAAUGACUUAAGAGUUUUUGAUGAUUGUAGUUAGAAAAUAAGCAACAUUUAAUGGAGUAUCAUUAAAUGCAGUAGGAUUUACAGGGUCUUUAUUAGCUAAAAAUGAGUAGGAAUGUGAGAAAUUAAAGCAAACAAGAAUAAUUGAGAUUUUAGAAAAUUUAGCUUAAACUGAUGAAUAAUGUUAUUCUGAUGUAGAUGAAUGUUGA